GGGGUCAUUUGGUUGCAGUCGAGUUUCAAGGAUGUGGGUGCGAGCGAUGAGAUGGUUAAGGCGCUGAGGGGGAUCGGCAUCGAGCGGCCGUCGUACAUUCAGGCGGCCGCGUACCAGGUGCUCACGUCAGGCGCCCGCCACAUCGUGCUGGCCGACCACGCAGGGAGCGGCAAGACGCUGGCGUACCUGCUGCCGCUGGUGCAGGCGCUGCGGGAGGAGGAGCAGAGCCUGUGCGACAGCCUCACCAUGCGCAACGCCCCCCGCGUCAUCAUCCUCGCCCCCACCACCGAACUCUGCGCCCAGGUUCUGAUGGUGGCCCGUGGCCUUGCCAAGGGAGCACCCUUUCGUUCCAUCGCCCUCACAGGCGGGUUCAAGUGGCGGACGCAGAAGGAGGCGCUGGAUGAGGGGGUAGAUGUGGUGGUGGCCACUCCCGGGCGGCUGGGCGAGCACAUAAAGGCAGGCAAUCUGCGCCUGGACCAGUGCCGCGCCGUCGUCCUGGACGAGGUCGACGUGCUCCUGGGAGACACCUUCGCGUUCGCGCAGCAGGUGGCGCCACUGAGGGCGGCGGCCCCCGAGGCGACGCGGUUUGUGCUGGUGACGGCGACGCUGGCAGAAAACGUGUACCUGCAGCUGCAGCAGGACUUCCCCGGCAUCACCCCCGCGUUCGGGCCUGGGCUGCACCGGACGGCGCCGGGUGUUCUGGAGCAGCUGGUGGACUGCAGCGGCGGCGAUGUCAUCAACGAGGACACCGGCUUUGAGCGCAAGUCGGCCGCCCUCCUACGCGUGCUCAGGGAGCAGGAUUGCACGCGGACGAUAGUGUUCUGCAACAAGAUCGAGACGUGCCGCAAGGUGGAGAACCUGCUUAACAGGAAUGGGGAGGAUCCCAAUGAGGAGGGCCUGCUGGUGCUGCCAUACCACGCCGCCAUAGAGGAGGUCGCUCGCAGCAAGGCUCUCAAGGAAUUCCUGGCGCCGCCCAUGGACGGCGCAAAGAUGGUGCUGGUGUGCACGGACCGGGCAUCGCGCGGCAUCGACUCGGCGCAUGUGGAACACGUGGUGCUGUUCGAUUUCCCUCGCGACCCCUCCGAGUAUGUGCGCCGCGCCGGCCGCGUUUCCCGCGGCGCCGGUGCCUCCGGCGUUGUCUCCAUCCUCGUCCUCGGCCGCCAGGUGAGCUUGGCCAGGCAGCUGCUGGAGCGCAACCAGAAGGGGCUGCCCAUCCACAAGGUUCCAUCCGGCUGAGUCCGGUUCGUGUUUCUGGGCUCUGCUGGCAUUGCUGUCUUUGUUGUGCUCUUCAGUACUAGUGGGUUAGGCAUGCACGAAAUUUGAGAAUUUUCGGAUUGUCUUGGGGGCCAGGCAGGGAAUGCAUUUGGCUGCAAGUCUAUCAGUACUCGUGAGCUGAGCGCUACAUGAUGCAUGUAAUGGACCGAAGGUGUACGGCUCAGGUGCCCUGGUGUUUUAAGCUGACAUGGCUGUAAUUUUCUAGAAUUGGGCUG